AGUCUGCAAAGUCAAAUUGCAGUUGCGAGGAGGCUCGUUCCAUCGGGGCCUGUAAUUUGCUGCGAUCGAGGGCCAGAGAGGCCACCGCGCCCACCCGCCAAACGCGGAUUGGAGAGGGUUGCUAUCAGUCAGCGGGAACAGACUUCCCUUCUCCAUCUGGCCAACUGCGCCGAAAAAUUUUCGAGGAUUUCCAGGAGAGAAGGCAGUUGCGGUUCUAGCUGCUUGCUCCAGAGGUCAGAAACAUCGGAGAAGGCAAUUAUAUUUACCGAUCAAGAAAGCCCCUCCCUUGUCCUCCAUUAUCUUAUUAAAAAUUUUACAGGAACGUAACCAUCACGAGUAUAGCCUGCAGAUCAGCAGCUUCGGCAUCACGUGGAAGCUUAUUAGACAUCAGAAAGUCAGACCCCACCUCAGACCUGCUGAAUCGGAAUCUGCAUUUUAACAAGAUUCCCCAGUUGCAUCAUCUUUCUUGAAGAGAUUCCGUUAUUCUACUGACCUUUCCCCCAUUACUAAGUCCACUGGAGCUGAGUUAUGUCAACAGCUGCCUUAAUUACUUUGGUUAGAAGUGGCGGUAACCAGGUGAGAAGGAGAGUGCUGCUAAGCUCCCGUCUGCUGCAGGACGACUGGCUGGUGACGCCCACAUGCCACAGCUCCACCUCAGAGCCCAGGAGUUCUCGGUUUGACCCAGACGGUAGUGGGCGUCCAGCCACCUGGGACAGUUUUGGGAUCUGGGAUAACCGCAUUGAUGAACCAAUUCUGCUGCCACCCAGCAUUAAGUAUGGCAAGCCAAUUCCCAAAAUCAGCUUGGAAAAGGUGGGCUGCGCCUCGCAGAUUGGCAAACGGAAAGAGAAUGAAGACCGUUUUGGCUUUGCUCAGUUAACAGAGGAGGUCCUGUACUUUGCAGUGUAUGAUGGGCAUGGGGGACCUGCAGCCGCUGAUUUCUGUCACACCCACAUGGAGAAAUGCAUUAUGGAUUUGCUUCCUAAGGAGAAGAACUUGGAAUCUUUGCUGACCAUGGCUUUUCUAGAAAUAGAUAAAGCCUUUUCGAGGCACGCCCACCUGUCUGCUGAUGCAACCCUUCUGACCUCUGGCACUACUGCGACGGUAGCCCUAUUGCGAGAUGGUAUUGAAUUGGUUGUAGCCAGUGUUGGGGACAGCCGGGCUAUUUUGUGUAGAAAAGGAAAAUCUAUGAAGCUGACCAUUGACCAUACUCCAGAAAGGAAAGAUGAAAAAGAAAGGAUCAAGAAAUCUGGUGGCUUUGUAGCUUGGAAUAGUUUGGGACAGCCUCACGUAAAUGGCAGACUUGCAAUGACAAGGAGUAUUGGAGAUUUGGAUCUUAAAACCAGUGGUGUGAUUGCAGAACCUGAAACGAAGAGGAUUAAGCUCCAUCAUGCUGAUGACAGCUUCCUGGUCCUCACUACAGAUGGAAUUAACUUCAUGGUGAAUAGUCAAGAGAUUUGUGACUUUGUCAAUCAGUGCCAUGAUCCCACUGAAGCAGCCCAUGCGGUGACUGAACAGGCAAUACAGUAUGGCACAGAAGAUAACAGUACUGCAGUAGUAGUGCCUUUUGGUGCCUGGGGAAAGUAUAAGAACUCCGAAAUCAACUUCUCAUUCAGCAGAAGCUUUGCCUCCAGUGGACGAUGGGCCUGAGAGCUUGCUGGGACUGAGAUUUUCUGUGCAGUAGUUCGUUCACUAAGCGUGUCAGGAAACUGAUAAGAUCAAAACAGUCACCUGUACCAGCGUGACCCUGUGACUAAGUCAGUCCACAAGUUAAUGUAAAGCUUGUAACUACUUACACAGUAGUGUUUCAUAAACACCUAUCGUAUGUAUGUACAGCUUAAUAUGCUUAGUAUAAAGAUAUGUGUAAUUAAGCUAUUGUGAGUCUCCAAGUUGAGUGAAUAAUGGGUUUCAUGAGCAAGUGAGAAAUGGUUUUGAUACACUUGAUGAGAGUGUUAAAUUUCUAAUUUUUAAGACUCCUAGGCACCUGUGGGUUUCUUUUGGUUGUUUUUGUUCUUUAUUCACUUGAACAGGCUCUCGUCUUCAAGUUCUUCAAAAUUAGUCAGCAUUUUGACAACUAUUCAGUGUGUUAUCUGCAAAUGUUUAUUCUGAACAUCUGUACCAGGGAUUAAGCGUAAAACUGAGGUUUCUGUUACUGAAUUUUAUAUUCUAGACCACUUACUGGUAAACGUAACAAUGCAAAAAAAUUAUUGCAGAUACUGUGGCAUGGCUAAAUGAUACACAUACUUAUGAACACUGUACUUGUGUAUUUCAACUGUGAACUGUGUCCCCAGGGCCUCGCCAUCAUUUGUUCCUGUUUUUCUGUAGGCACGAAUACUACAUAGAUGCGACUAAUUUCUUAAUGUCAGAAAGAAUGCAGCAUUUAAGAGUCCUUUGGUCAAAGCAAUACAAGGUUAAAUACUGACGGUAUCAAGUAUUUUGUUUAAAGUUCUUAUUUGUUAUCUCCAACUUGAUGUGUUGUGUUUGUUAUUUUUUUAUGUGUAUAUCACUUUUUGUAUAGAGUAAGCAAGUUGGAUCUCUUGUUAGUAAGAAUAAUAAUACCACAGUGAAGGAUAUUGCUAAUAGACAUAACUUGAUGUAUGUCUUCUUUUUGCUCGUUCCAAAGACUUACAAGAAAGAGUAAAUCUAAAGCAAGCAUGAAAACAUUCUCUAUAUAUUUCAGUUUGCUAUGUAAUUUAGCAAUGCAAAAUCAUACUUCUUUUUUCCGCAUGUUUUUGCUGUUAAAAUGUGAAUCUCUGAAUGUGUUUUUGAAAUUUUAUCUGCAGUUUGUUUCUGCCUGAUAGUAUGGAAGUGUAUUAUACGUGGUUGUUUGUAUAGAUGGAUAUUUUGGAGUAUUAUAACAUUAAAGGGAACAAACCUGUAGAGCUCCUUCACCAGUUAGCUUUAAAUUAUUGAUAUGAGAAGCUGAGGACAGUUUUCUUAUAGUACAGAACCAGUGGUUAUUGGCAGAUAAGGUAGCAGAUUAAAAAUGACAGUAGAAAAGUACUUUAGGGUUGGUAAUUCACCUGGAAAACGUAGUAACAGAGUCAGCACGUUGAAGCUACCUUGCUAUUUGGUAAUUUGCAUGUAAAAUAAUAGGAUGUGAAAACAUACUGAGUAUUAAAAAUGGCAUGGAAUUUUGUUGCAGAAAUAAAAGAAAAAGAAACCAAAAAGAAAAUGUUGAGGCAGUAUAUACCUUCAGCUCUCAGUUUUCAGAGUUGAUUUUUUUCUCCUUUAAGCUUUAUAUUAAGACUUAAAAGAUGGAAGAGGGCCCAAGAUAAAUAUUCACAUCUUUUGUUCACCUUCUCAGGAGUAGAAUAAAAUUUGAGUUUUCUUGCCUAUAUUACUCAGGAAUUGUUCUUUAAAAAAAAAAGCAGUGCUGAGUAAAUACUUCAUUUUUUUUCCCCAAGGAAGUUAGAUGAAAGAAGGAAGAAUGUUACAGGAAAGACUAUAUAUAGUCUCCUAUUCAUUGUUUGAGAAAUGAGGAACCAAAGGUAGACUAAGAAAGCUGGCAAAUGGUCUUGCUCUUGCCAUAGGUCUGGCAAGGAAAUAUGGAAGCUUCAUUUAGGAGUAUGGAGAAUUUCCAAUAAACAGACAAACAAAAACUCUUAAAGCACAAAAAUGACAUUUUACAGAUGCAGGUUUCAUUUUUGUUUUAAAUUCUUCAUAUUACUUUCCUCCCUAUAUUACUUUAAAAACUAAGUUAGGGAGAGAUGCUAUCAAAUUCAAAAGCCUAAGAGUCAUUGAUGGAUUGAGGUGGAUUAUCAGGUUUGACAAAGAGAAAUUUGUAGCUCUAUGGUCUGGAGUGGACUUCGCUUUACCUGGAAACUUUUUAAAACCCUAAACCAGCCAAAUUUGACCGCAGGAUAAAACAUGUUGGUGUUUAUGUUUUUCAAGCCACAAUGUUAAUAAAAAAGGAAAACAAAACAAAACAAAUCCUUUGCCAUCGGGUCGAUUCCAACUCAUAGCGACUCUAAAGGACAGAGUAGAACUGCCCCAAAGGGUUUCCAAGGAAUGCCUGGUGGAUUCAAACUGCCAACCUUUUGGUUAGCAGCUGUAGCUCUUAACUACUACACCACUAGGGUUUCCACAAUGUUAAUAGUAACUUAAAAUGGAGAUUGUUCUAAUCCAUAAAAGAUAAGCAUACUUGUAUUAGGCUUUUAUUACUGAAAGUUAUGCAAAUAGUAGUGAAAAGAGAAAAAAACAAAGACUGCUCUAAAUAUAGUUUUCUUAGUUAUAACUGUGAAUUUGCCACGUGGGUAUUGCCAUGUGAGUGUAGGUAUGGCAUAAAUUAUAUUGAUAUGAUAAAACUUAAAUCAAUUGUAUUUAUAUUUGCCUUUCAUUUAUGUGUAGUGUAUGAAUCAUCUUUCUAAUAUGUGUUGCCAAAAUGUGUUUGGCAGAAUAUUUUUAAAAGCACUGUGAUUUUUCACAAGUGUAGGUUUUUAAGCAGUUUAUAUAUUCCAAAGUAAAUGUAAUCUCGCUUUCCAUAACCCGUUCCUUUGUUACAGAUCUCUAUGUUUCUUAAGUUCUUCAAAGUCAGUAGAUCUUAUGCGUUUUCUGGAAAAAUCCAUUUUGGAGGGAGCAGUUUUCAUUCUUUUUAUCUUCUGAUGUGAACUUUUUCUGAAUUCUAACAGUUUUUUUUUUAAUUACUUAUUUUGAAGAACUUAUCAGCACAUAAUCUAAAAAAUAGAAAUUCUUUUCUAGACAUACUGCCUAUUAAAAUGAAAUUUGAUUUCUUGUUUAGAAUCUCAGCAGAGAAUGAAGAGGCCUAUGUUGCCUCUUAGAAGACAGGACAUUGGUUUCAUUUCUAAGAACAGGCGUGGAUUUAUUUUCAUAUUAAUGCGAUAGUAAAAUCUCUGGGUUGGGAGGCGGGGAAUGGGAUAAUUCACAUUUAAUGUUGAAUAGCCAAAUGCGUGUUUGUGUUUUCCUUGAGCACCUCAGUGGUUCUCAUGUCUGUGAAAAGUGAUGUGAAAUUUUGGUUGGGCUCCAUCUUAUUGUAUUUAUUAGAUUCACUUAAUCUGGAUGACUUAAAAAUAAAACGUCAUGUCUAUUACAAAGUAAACAAAGCAAAUAGUGAUGACUGUUGCUUUUGGCAUCAGGGAUGAGACAGACGGACUCUUCAGAAGCUCCCUUUGGCUGUUAGGUGGUUGGAAUGGUCCACUGAUGGCUGUAUUGAAUGUUCUGGGCUAUGAAGUCAUGAAAUUCUUCCCAAACCUCCAGAUUUCUGACAUUGGACUCCAGUACAGAAUUUAGCAGCUCAGUAUGUCACAAAAUAAUUUCUACUGAAGUGCUCUUUUGUACAUUUGUUUUAUAAUUUACCAAAGUACUACUUGGGUGUAAGGUGUUUUCUUCCUAUAGCAAAUUGAUGUAAUUGCUGCCUUGGCCACUCAGUUUUUAAGUGUAUGUAUUCAAGUAACUGUGAGCAGACUAAAAUCACUUUUGUCAGUGUUCAAAACACUGCUUUAAUAAAGUACAAGCAUUAAUUAAUUGUUUGUUUUAUCCAGCUCUGUUAUUUGGCUUCAAGACUUACCAACAAAGAGAAAGGGAAUUGGCUGGGCUAAAGUAAGGUGCAGAGCAGUGUGAAGUUCCCGUCCUUGGGUGGUGAUUCUCUACCUGCUGGGUCCUGCCUUGAUCAGACCAAAUGACUGCUCUCUCAUUAGGCAGAAGCACGUCACUCCCGGCCCAGGGCUGCUGCCUCUGGUGCACUUGCAGACUCUGCUGUGCUGCCUCCUGGGCCUCUUCCUGCAGAGAAACCAGCCAAGUGAGCCAGCUUUUACUGCAAUGAACCAGAAACGCUCCCAGUUCCAGAUGUUGCUGGCAUGUGUUGAACAAGCCUCAUGAAAACCAUGAAACCAAAGCACAAACCCAAGAUGAACUGUUUUAGAUGUUUUCUAUUUCUAAGAACUGGGACAGGGAUCUCCAUCUUCUUCAUGCCUCUCAGUUAAAGCUAUGUGCGGUUGAAUAAAAGUCACAAUUUAAAAUUAAAAAAAAAAAAAACUUUCCAACGUUUAUUAUGUAUGAGACCCUGUGCACACUGACACAAUACCCAUUGCCAUCAAGUCAGUUCUGACUCAUAGCGACCUUAUAGGACAGAGAAGAACUGCCCCAUAGGAUUUCCAAGGAGUGCCUGGUGGAUUUGAACUGCCAGCCUUUGGGUUAGCAGCUGAACUCUUAACCACUACGCCACCGGAGUUUCUACCGACUUGAUAAGUGAAAGAACAGUUGGAAAUUUGUUACUAGCCAAAUUAUGGCUGUUGUCAAAAUUAAUUGAAUGUUUGAAAACAUGUAUAUAUAUACAUAUAUGCUUAUUUAUCUAUUUAAAUCUUUUUGCCACAAUCUAUAACAAAAUUCUUCUCUUUUAUUUUCCUCCUCCUAAAUGUACGUUGGUCCCUUAGAAAAAAGGCCAUGCUGAGUUCUACAAUGGUUUGCCAAUGGUUUCAAUAAUUUUGUGAUAUAUUUCCUGCAACAAUCUUGCAUUAAAAACUAGAAAUAGAUGUUUGGCAGUGAUACUAUGGAAUUCAGUUCAUUGUGCAGUUAACUAGGAUAAUUUCUAAUGUCUUGGCAUUGAUUGAAUAAUAUGUAAUAAUUUCACAUCCCACUGGCAGAAGGACCUCUUCUAGAGUGUUUCCCCAAAGGUGGCAUGGCAAGCUUCAUGGCUGCAGAGGUCUGUUCUCUUUUGUUCAAACUCUGUACCUAGCACGCUGUCCAUAGUUUAACAAUAAGGAGCAACUGUUAACAUUUCUUGAGUAAAUUAAUACAUUGAAGUAUAUGUUCAUUAAUUUUUGCUUAUGUUAGCGGGGAAGGAGGCAUUGAAAUAUUUUAAAUAUUAAGCCAAAUGUAUUUAAUAAUGAAAUAUUUAAUGCUCUGCAGUUGCUAUUGUGUGUGUUUUUUCUUUUUUUGUACUUUAGAUGAAGGUUUACAGAGCAAACAAGUUUCUUAUUAAACAAUACACAUAUUGUUUUGUGACAUUGGUUGCCAACCCCACAACAUGUCAACAUUCUCCCCUUCUCAACCUUGGGUUCCCAAUUACCAGCUUCGUGACCACUCCUGCCAUCUCUUCCUUGUCCCUGGGCUGGUGUGCCCAUUUAGUUUUGUUUUGCUUUAUGGCCCUGUCUAAUCUUUGGCUGAAGGGUGAACCUCAAGAGCGACUUCAUUGCUGAGCUAUAAGGGUGUUGGAAGGCCAUACUCUAAGGGUUUCUGUAGUCUCUGUCAGACCAGUAAGUCUGGUCUCUCUCUUUUUUUUUUUUUUUGAGUUAAAAUUUUGUUCUACAUUUUUCUCCAGCUCUAUCUGGGACCAUUAUUGUUCUCCCUAUCACAGCAGUCAGUGG